UUGGGGGAUUUUUUUGCUUGGGUUACUGAACUAACUAACUAAAGAAGUUACACGACUUAUUUUUUAUCUUAUCUGUUUAUUUUAAAGUUUUACCAUGAUGGACUUUGUACAACACGGGUUUCAAAUCACAAGUCAAUCUGUUAAAACAUCAAGUAGUAGCUACCCGCUUAAGGAGGAAGAUUUCCAUGAAGAAAGCUCUCUUGUAUAUUCACCACCAAGUCCAAUAUUAAGCAUCAAGGGGAAAGAAAAAGUAACCAAAACUAAAAUGCGCCAAAGGCAUAAAACAGAUACAGCGUUUUCUUCAUUAUUUAAAGCAGUUCCUCAAAUUAAGGAACAUUUUAUCGUGGAGCGACAAAUUGGAUGCGGAACAUUUAGUAAUGUGUAUUUGGCCAAGUUAAAGAACACACAUGAUACAAACCCUGCUCUAUUUGCUCUCAAACACAUAUUCUCUACUUCUCACCCAAAACGAAUUGAAAACGAAAUUAAAUGCUUGAAUGACAUCGGAGGUGAACUACAUGUGGUAGGAGUGGAGGGGUGUAUAAGAAACAACGGUGAAGUUGUAAUUAUAAUGCCCUAUAUCGCCCAUGAUAAGUUCACUGAGUUACUGAAUGAAUUAUCAUUAGAUGAAGUACGAGAUUACAUGCGCAAGUUACUUGAGUCUUUAUUGAGGGUCCAUCAGUUCAAUGUAAUACACAGAGAUGUAAAACCAAAUAAUUUUCUCUAUGAUCGAAAAACUAAAAGGUGUGGAUUGGUUGAUUUUGGUCUUGCACAAGAAUUGAAGACAAUAAACAAAAACACUCGACGGAACAGUUUGCCAAAUGUUGAAGCUUCUAAGAAACACACCCCACCCAACCCUAAAAGAAGAUGUCUUGCUGAAAUCCAACAAAGUCACCUCAGUGGGCGCAAUAUUUCAAUACAUCAACCUUCCAAAACACGGGUGUUACAACACUCUAAAAGCCACAGCAGUAUAACUAAUUGUUCGCCAAAGACUUUGACCUUGCAACAAAAAGUUCGAUACCUUUCGCUAACUUCACCAAAUGAAGUUAGAUCAUCGUUAUCAAGCAAAAAAAGAUCAUUCGCCAACCUUAAAGCUUCUAAAAAUACUGGGUCUAAUGUUUCAAACAGCAACCCUGAAAAAUCAUGCAGUUGUUUUGGAAAACUGAGUGUAUGCAAGCUAUGUUUAGCCAGACCUUCUCCAGUCGCACCACGAGCCGGUACUUCAGGUUUCCGGCCACCGGAGGUGCUGUUGAAAUAUCAAAACCAAACAACAGCUGUUGACAUCUGGUCUGCUGGUGUGAUCUUCUUAUCUUUACUAAGUGGCAGAUGUCCUUUCUUCCGUCCCUCUGAUGAUGUGGACUCACUUGCACAACUAACUCUUAUCUUUGGGAGCAAGAAGAUGACAGAUGUUGCAAGAAUCUGUGGCCGAACCUUUACUUGCUCCAACAAUUUCCCAGGAUACGAUUUGAAGGGGAUUGUCGUCAGUUUGCGGGAUCAAAAUAAUGACGGUCCAAGUCUUAGACCUUUGCCAAAACUACGGUCACCUUUAAAAGGUCAAAGAUCACCCUCAAAAGUUCAGAGGUCACCUUUGAAAGUUGAAAGGUCAUCUGAAGGUCAAAGGUCAUCGCUAAAGGUCACAGAUAUCCCGGACACAGCCUUCACGCUGCUAACCUCCAUGCUUGAUUGUAACCCCCACACCAGAUACACGGCACUCCAAUGUCUCAAUCAUGAAUUUUUCUUUACAACUUCGUAAACUCACAAAUAUCAAAACAAAGUUGGAAAAUUUUAAUUAAAAAACAUGAUUUUAUAAAACUCUCUUUUUAUAAAUGGUAAGAGAAAAUGAUUUUAUAGAAUUUUUAGUUCUAUUUAGUUGAAAAAAUACCGAUUUUAUAUUAUUUAGGUGUUUAAUGUUUUUUUAUUAUAGUGCUUUGUUUUUGUGUUGAAUAUUUGUAGUAUAUGCACACUGCCACGCAGUAAUAAACCAAAUCUGGUUUAUCUCCUAAAUCUCAUACCCUCUAGUUCUCAGCCCAUGCCUUAUAGAACUUCACCCUUUAUGAAAUAGAAUACUCACUACCAAGUUGUUAACUGCCAUUUUAAUUUAAUGAUAUAUUGAACUGCUUUUACUUCUAUCUUGUCUUUUUAUGAAAACUGCCAACGUUUUAGAGACAUUUUAUUAAUUCUUGCGUCGCUGUUGAGUUGUUGCAUAUUUUAUGAAGAUGUUUUUAUUAAACAAGCAAGUGUGAAAUAUUA